GUGUCGUCCAUGUUCCGAGUGUGGUGUGACUUAUUUUUAUUUUGUGUUAAUUUUCAAUGCCUUAAUAAAUGUGAAAUGCAACAGCAUGUGUCAUCCCAUAUAGUGGAACCUUGCUCCGGCUGAAUGGAUCCCGCCGUCGCGUGGUAUCAGCCCGAGCAGGAAGGACCCGCGAAGCGGCUGUGGCUUCGUAUCUGGGAAACUCAAAGUGAAAUAGACAAAAUGAAUUUGAAAAACUUAGAAAACUCUAAUCCAAAUGUGAAUAAAGCGCAAGACUUUAUACCAAUAAAUGAUGUGAAUGGUGAAAGUAGAAAUAAUAAUUAUUUUAAUCCCGCGCGGAGGAAAGUGAACGAUAACCGCGCAUCGACUUUUAACCUGAACAAAAACCACGAUGCUCUCAUAGGUGAAUACGGUGGGUGUCCGUGGCGGAUACCCAACUACAAAUAUAAGCCCGGGAUAUUGGGGCUACACGAAGAGAUCGAGCACUUCUACACAUACAUGUCGCCAACGGAGACGGAGCACCUCGUCCGCUCCACGGUUGUGAACAGGAUCCGUGGCGCCAUCCUAACUCUGUGGCCGCAGGCCAGGGUCGAGGUGUUCGGCUCCUUCCGUACCGGCCUGUACCUGCCCACUAGCGAUAUAGACCUGGUGGUUAUAGGUCAAUGGGAGAAGCUGCCGCUAUGGACGCUAGAACGAGAGCUGGUGACCCAGGAUAUAGCGGAGAAGGACAGCAUCAAGGUUCUCGAGAAGGCCACCGUACCCAUCGUGAAGAUGACUGACAAAUACUCUGACGUUAAGGUGGACAUAUCGUUUAACAUGAGCAGCGGUGUGAAGAGUGCAGAGCUUAUCAAGCAGUUUAAGGAGAAAUACCCAGUCCUAACCCGUCUAGUGAUGGUCCUAAAGCAGUUCCUCCUACAACGCGACCUGAACGAGGUCUUCACCGGCGGCAUAUCUUCCUACUCGCUCAUACUCAUGUGCAUCAGCUUCCUCCAACUCCACCCGCGCCCUGAAAGACUGAGACAGCAACACAAUCUAGGCGUCCUACUUAUAGAGUUCUUUGAACUCUAUGGGAGGAAAUUCAACUAUGUCAAAACGGCUAUAAGAGUGAAGAAUGGCGGGUCGUAUGUGUCGAAAGAUGAGAUUCAGAAGGAUAUGAACGAUGGACAUAGACCUUCGUUGUUGUGUAUAGAGGAUCCGUUGACGCCUGGUAAUGAUAUUGGCAGGUCAAGUUAUGGAGCGAUACAGGUUAAACAGGCCUUCGACUACGGCUACAUAAUCCUCCAACAAGCCGUGGCCCCACACAACGUGCUCCUAGCGCGGCACAGCGCCCUCGGCCGCAUAGUGCGCGUCACAGACCACGUGCUGCAAUACAGGCGAUGGGUCCGAGACACGUUCGAGCCGUUCUUCUUUCCGCACCGGGCGCCGCCGGCUGCGGUGUCUAGUGAGCCGUCACCUCCGCCCAGCGAUAGCGAACCUGAGUGGUCAGACAGCUCAGCGCGGGCCUCACCAGUGGCGGGCGCGCGCACCUCGCCUCCUCCGCUAUCGGCGUUACAAUGUUCCUCGCCCACACCUAGACGGGUGUCCGCUCAUCAGAGCCUGAUCAUACAUCACAUCACCAGCAACUCUGACUUCAACAAUAUACCCUCAGGAGUGAUGCAACAGCGCUACUCCGCCGACAGCGGGCCUAAGAACCGCAACCGCUCGUUCUCGUCCAAGCAGCGCCGCUACUCCUCCCCGCCCUCCGCGCACGCGCACCCGCACCCCCACCCCCCGCGCCGCGCCGCCGGGGGCGGGGGCGGGGGAGGGGGUGGCGGCGGCGGCGCGGAGGGGCGCGGCAGCAAGAAGCGCCGCCAGUUCGCGCCCGUGCCGCAGCGAUGAUACACCGCCAUCUAGUGACGACAGUGCGGCACUGUGCUUGUAAGUGUGCGCUCUCGCCCGACUGCUCCCAGUGUGAAUGCGUGGCCGCUGCCGAGUGCGGUAGCGGGGCGGGCGGCGUCAGACAUUGUCGGCGUGUUAUAAGUGCGAGGUGUGAUGAGCGUCAGCGGGGCGUCGACCGUAGAAUAUAAACGUACGCUACGUUUCCUCUGAUCAUUUUACUGGAGCGUCUACGCGAUCUACAGUAAACGGCCGUAAAGAACGCACAUCGGUCUUUGGAAAGAGACAACUGACAAGAAAGAGACGACACUACAAAGACGAAAAACCGAUGUGUACUCUUUAUGGCCGUUUACUGUACAAACGUAUGUCUACCUUUAAUGUAAAAGUUUAUUUAAAAUUAUGCUUUUAUAUAAAAAUAAUUGCAUUAGGUAUAAAUUGCCAUGCCAACAACACGCGCCAUAGUCACCAGGACAUUAUCAACAUAUAUGUUACUAACAAAUAUAAUCGGUACGUGUAUAAAACGGAUAUAUCAAAAAAUGAUUUAUACCAUACAUCCUACUGUCAACAGCGCUAUACAAAAAUCUAAAAACUAAAAUAACAUUUAAAAAAAAUACAACUUUACUCAAUUAGCAACGACGAGUGGUAGACCAAGCAAAGUUGUCAACUCAUUUUAUACCACUGUUGAAGCAAGAAUUAUUUUGACACAUUCACUUAAAAACCGGCCGAAAUUUAUAACCGCCCGCUUGUAUAACGAGAACCCGCCUAGCAGGUUCUCCGGCCCCUGAGCCCACCAGGUGGGUUCUUGUUUACGAAAUUGACGUAGCGUUAUUGACUUGUAACAGUUGUAACUAAUUCCUGUUUCAAUAAAUAUUAAAAACGUCCAUAAUUUCGAUCGCCAUCAUCAACUUUUCAUAGGCGGCUUUUAGUAAAAUGUACAGUGUAAAUAUUAAACUAUUAAUAAUAACACAGUUAUCGUCCGAAUAUCUAGAUAAAAAAUCACGUAACGUUAAAAUUACAACUUAGCCCUUUCAACAUAACUUUGCCCAUAGCGCGGCGUUCAAAAAAUUCAUCUGUUACUAUUUUUGAGUUAUGUUGCUUUAGCUUAUUGACGUAAUGGGCAAAGCUAUGUUGAAAGAGCAAAGUUGUAAACUCUUUUUGACACAGUCGGAUAACAAGUGUAUGGUUGGUAUCAGCGUCGAGCGUACAUGCUGAGAAGGAUCGUUUCAUGGACCUCAGGAUAAGUCCGUUAAUCUCACUUAGAGUUUGUACGGUCAGAAGCAGAGGUCACUAAGCGGCUAAGAUAUUCAAAAUAACUUGGACACGCUUUUAUUAUCUGAACAUUAAAGUCAGGUCAAGGUGAAUCUUAACACCUCGUUCCCUUUGCGACUUCUGCUGCUGCCUGUACACAAGGCGUCAUGAUUUUUACGUUAUUUUCAAUGUGUAUUUAUUUUGCGUAGCAGUAUAAUAAACGUAUGCGGCUUUUUGCUGUUGGAUAGGCAAGCAAUAAUACACGCUGAACUAUAAAGUCAGGAUACUGUCAGGAGUUUUGUAUCGUAAUUAUUUAGUGCAUCUUUGCACAGAGAAAAUUAACCGUUGCAACUUUGCCCACUAGCAAACUUGCAGUUCUAUGAAAAAUACAAAAAAAAACAGUUAUUUUUUUUAAUUUCUUUAAUAUUGUGUUUUGACAGGCGUAUUAGCGCUGUUAAUCGACUAGUUCAUACGAUACACCAAUUGUUUGACGAACUGUGACAGCACUAUAAUAAUAGUGAAACCUAGUUCAUUUAUCAAACAUUAUCUAUCAUUAAACAUAUAUUUGUCAAAGUGUGAAAGCAAUGUAGAACUCUGAAGGGGAUGACCAUUUCUAAUACAAUACAAUUAAUACACGAGCAAUAUUAGUUAAUAGUAGGACAUGUGUCCUAUUUUUACGUCAUAACUUUGCCCUAAUAAUUUGAUUAUUUUCUUUACCAGAUUGAUGAAUAUGGUGAUUUUUAUUUCCUUUUAAUGAAUUUUCAUCGAAAUUAAAUUGUUUUUAGCAGUGUAUAUUUAUUUUUAUACAGUUUACUAGUUCAAUUUCUAUAAGCUGAAGAAUCAAACAUUAUAUAAAGUAUUAUUUUUAUCAUAAAAGGGUCACUUUCGUUCCUUCCUGUGUAGUGUAGUCGCCAUCAAAUAAAUCGGACCGUCCGAGGUGCUCACAAAUAUUUGAACACGUAUCAAAUCAAGAGUGAACACUGAACAGGCAUCUUCUGGGCGAGUUCACUCCAUCGUAGGCCACGUCUUUGCCUUUGGCUAGUCUGUGGCCAAGAGUAAGCCCAUUUAUAAUAAUAAAAAGUCGUUAGAGGCAUGUUCAGAUAUUUUUGAGUACCCCGUGCGCUUUUAUAUAUCUUAUGGCGACUCUACAAUGCACCCUUUUCAAGUUUUCAUAGACAAAAAAAAAACAAAUUUUACACUGUUUAAAUAUAUGGAGAUUUAGAAAAUCUGGGCAAAGUUAAGACAAUGUUGCAAUACAUAUAUCAAUACGCUCUUUUUUUAUAUACGUGUAAAAACUCAAGCUGACAACACCACUACGAAAAAACUUAUACGCUUCGAGAAAAGUGCGAUUCUAUAUUUAAACAAAUUUAAUAUAACGUUUUAGCGCUGUGA